GAUGCCUUUGGUACUCUUCACCAGUCCCUCACCAAGACCUUGGUCAUGACCAUAGGGGAAGUCGAGUACACCAAGUUUUUUGUGGACCARCCGCUGGAUAACCCAAAUCUGGCUCAAGCUGUGUUUGCGUCAUUUUGYCUGAUUCUACCAAUAGUGCUUAUGAAUCUCAUGAUUGGUCUGGCCGUUGGCGAUAUUGAUUCCAUCCAGAAGAACGCUGAGCUGAAAAGACUUGCCGUUCAGGUCCAGAGUAUWUAUGAGUUUGAAGAAAAACUGCCAAGUGUACUGCUGCGUCGUUUUUAUCAAAGGAGCUAUGUCUACAAACCAAACAGAAAGGCAGAAUCGUUCUGGGAUCGUCUUCGGUGCAGGGUAAAUGACCAAUUGUUUGCCAUGACUGACAAGCAUUUUGAGGCAACAUCCUCUUUAGAAGACUGGGCACGAAUGACUGAAUCCCUUGGCAUCAAAAUGCAGAAACAAGAAGAAAGGGUUCAGGUAUUGAUGGCCGAAGUGAAGCAACAAAAGGACGUUUUAAAUAAAAUGCUAAACAGAGUAGCAACAAGCAAUAUAAAUACAUAAAACAACUUUAAACCAAGAUGUUUUUGUCUUACGUCACUGAAUACAUCUGAAGUCUGAGUUACUGAAGUUUGUCAAUGGCAGAAACCAGUCACCAAUAUAUAUAUAUCUAUAGAGAGAGAGACAUUUUAUUUCAAAUAAUUAUUGUGAAAUUUCAUCUUAAAUAAUUCCCAUACAUAGUCGGAAGUCAAAUUCAUUAUAUAUAUGCYAUGUACCAUAAAAGCUUCAAGCAUAUCUGACAAGAAAAAUGAUUAAAAAUAAAACACAAAAUUAAUUCA